ACAUUCCUGCGGCCGUCCCCUCCCCCCCGGGCACGUGUGCUCUGUUGUGCCUGUCACAGCCACCCCGGCAGUACCUGUCCCGCCGCGGCUCUUCCUGGGCCUGGCUCGCGCCGCGGGGACUGGGCUGCCCUCCGCCGCGCACGACCCUCGCCCCAGCAUGUCCGGCUGCCCUGCCGCCGCCGCGCUCGCCGCCUGCCGCCAGGCCUGGGAGCAGGUGUUGGCCAAGGCCAAGCGGGCCGUGGUGUUCGUGGACGCGGCGUGCGCGGAGAGCCUGCACUGGGCGGGCGGCGGCGCGGGCAGGCUGCUGGAGGCCGGCGCCCUCAACGUCAAGGAGUUCUCCAGCUUCGAGGCGGGCGCGGCGGAGCAGCCCAAGGCGGUGUUCGUGGUGAGCAGCCUGCUGAAGGGCCGGGCGGUGGACAUCAUUCGCGACAUCGUCAGCCUCAGCCGCUUCCAGUACUGCGUGGUGUUCACCGCCGUUAGCCACGCCGUGCACCUGCUGGCCCACGGGGCGCCCGGCGGCGCCGAGCCGGAGGGGGGCAGCCAGGCGGUCUUCGAGCAGUUCGAGGAGAAACUCUGCCAGUGGAUGGGCAACAUGAACUACACCGCCGAGGUGCAGCAUGCCCCCCUGCUACUGGCGCCCAUCUCGCCUCAUCUCUUCGUGACCCCGGCCUUUGCCUCGCUCUUUCCCAUGACGCCCCAGGACCUGGCUCGCAUCAACUCCUCCAGGCCUGAGAAGAAAAAGUUUGGCAGCUUGAACGACCUGGACUUCUCCUCUCUGCCUCCUGAGCUGCAGCUUCAGAUCAGAACCCUGGUGUCUGGCUUGAACUCCUUGUUUGAGUGUUUAAAUGUGAGAGAGGAGUGCUUUGCAAUUGGGACUCUGAGCAAGAUUAUCGCAGGGGAUUUAGCGAACUACUCACAGGCCAAAAACAGGAGGAAGACAGCACAAAACCGAGCCUCUGUCAUCUUCAUAGACAGGACACUGGAUCUGACAGGAGCAGUUGGUCAUCAUGGUGACAGCCUACCAGAGAAGAUAUUUUCUGUGCUUCCUCGACUUCCUGGCCACACAAACGAUGUGAUGGUUAAUAUGGUGGAACUCACUGCACUGCAGACUAAAGAUGAAACUUGCAAUAUUAUAGCACCUGGCUGCUUGGCACAACCAAAUGAUCCAGCUGCCAAAGCACUCUGGGAGUCCUUAAUGAAUCUCAGACAAAAGGAAGCUGUGAUGGAAGUUAGGAGACACCUAGUGGAGGCUGCAAGCAGAGAAAACUUGCCCAUUAAGAUGAGCAUGGGUAGAGUCACCCCAGAACAGCUCAGUUCAUACAUUAAGCUUUUCAAAAACAAUUCCAAAGCUCUCAGGAACCACUGUGGACUUCUACAGCUUGUGCUGGCCACAAUCCAGGCUUUAAAACACCCCCAGAAUGCCAAAUGGGACAGCUUCUUAGCCUUUGAAAGGCUACUUUUGCAGAAUAUUGGUGAGUCAGAGAUACCCAGUGUUUUGAACCAGUUAUUGCCUAUGAUCAAGUCUCAUAAUGAGAGGACAGCUAAUGACUAUACCUCUGAAGACUUCCUUGUCUUGCUGGUGUAUAUUUACUCUGUGGUUGGGGAAAUCAAAGCUGGAAAAGAGCUGGAUAAAGCUGAAGGAGAGGUGAAAAAGGCACUAGUCCAGACUUUUUGUGAUGAACCAGAACUAUCUUCCUUACUGCAAAAAAUAACAGGUUGUGAAUCAUCUCUUCAACUGACAUUUCAGAAGGCUACGGUUGCAGUGGACAAUAUCUUUAAGUCCCUCAGGGAUAUUACAAGAGCUCGAAUGCACAUGAAACAGUUUAAUUCUGUGUAUGUCCCAGGAAGCAAUACCUGCCAGGCCACUUACAAGCCAUUACUGAAGCAGGUGGUAGAGGAGAUAUUCAGUUCUGAUCGACCUGACCCUGUUGAUAUUGAGCACCUAUCUGCAGGCCUCACUGAUCUCCUGAAAACUGGAUUCAGCAUGUUCAUGAAGGUGAGUCGUCCUCACCCCAGUGAUCAUCCUCUCCUGAUCUUCUAUAUGGUUGGUGGAGUGACAGUCUCUGAGGUCAGAAUGGUGAGGGACCUAAUAUCAGCACACAAACCCGGUAUCCAGGUAAUUGUGCUCUCCUCAAUGCUCCUGACACCACUUAACAUUCCUGAGUUGUUGUUUGCAACAGACCAUCUACAACCAGACAUAGGCAUCUGAAGAGUGCAGAUCUGCGGAGAAGAUAAGUGAUUUGCCUUCACUGGAAAUACCACCCUCUUGCCUGUCAUCCUUUCCGAUAUUCUUCCAAAAAUGAAUUUGUCUAAAAACUAAUUGUGGUUGUAAUUGAAAACUGAGUCGAGUGAUUUGAUAGCUGGCUGCAAGGGGACUUGAAUGGAUUGUGGGAGCACUUAAAAAUCAUUCAUUUGUUCAGUGACGUCAGGCUGACACUCGGCUCCUCCCUGCUGAAUGAUAUUGCUAACAUGGGCCCUCACUACCGCAUUGCCAGAGAAGAUGGCUGUCUGUAGUAAUUCCCCAGAAAGGGGGUAAUUCUGGAACAGCUGCAAAGGGCUAGAUUCUGCCACCUUAUCUUCAUGGAGUAGUACUUUCCACUGGAAGUAGUCCCAAAAUGGGAUUCCUUGUAGUGUAAAGUGGGAGUAAAGGUAGCAAAACCUAGCCCUGCCCUGUUUUGUUCCCCUGCAAAACACAUGUGCCUUAGUUACGUGUUUAACUCCUUCUGCGCAGUCUGUGGCCCUAACCCCAGGGAGAGGCUAUGAAGCACAGCAGUGAACUGAGUUGUCGGUAGUAGGAUAGCUACAAGUCCACUGAUGGCUUUAUUGCUGAUAGGGUAGAGGUGGAGGGAAACAUGGAUGGAGAAUCCCACCAUAAUCAAACUGGUGAGCCAUAUACUGGCUUUCUCACAGGUCCCUGGUUUCCUCUCUUGUUUGCCUCAGUCAUAGUCUCAUGAGAAAAGUCACUUUCUUUGAUGACAUUCUCCUCUGCAUGAUUUUGCACAGGAAAACAUGUGGGCUAAGAUGAUUAGAUGUUUCACUUUAUUAAUCCUAGAGGAAUGCUUCUCUCAGACACAUCAAAUAAAUAACAUAUUCCCAUUUGCAAAAACAUUAGGGGUUCCAAAAGUAGAACGCUCGUUUAAAGUUGUAUUUCUGAAUAACAAGGGUAGGAAGAGCUUUUGAUUUUAAUUUAUGAUUAGGCAACAGCCUUUAACGAGACAAGCUGUCUGAGUUAUGUAACUUUUCUUUUUUUAAUUUUGCUUUAAUCUUUGGAGAAGAAAAACAUAAGUGGUUGAGGAUUCCAACUGUAUUCAGCACUGAGGUUAAUAAAAAUACAGCAUAAAAUAAUGGUGCCACAAAGAUGCAGCGUAUUGUCUCAGUUUGUUCAUCCCAGGGAUGCUACGACUACAUUCUAUGCUGGGAGAUCAUUUACUGUUACAUUUUAAAGGGGCACAUUUUUAGGCCGUCUUUCUAUAUACAGCGAAGUUCCCCUAUUUUAGCAUUCUUUAUUAUCCCCAGAGACUAGGUUAAAUAGAAACUAAUUCUUUAACCUUUGCUCACUAGCUAGUUUAAGUUCUGUUAAAUGUAACCUUUUUUCUGAAAACUCUUCAUUUUGUUUUAAUGGUGCACUUCGGUGGCCAGAAGGAACAAAAGCCUGAUUAUAAAGGUUAGACUGAAGCAUGGACAAAGUUGCCUUUAUGAAAACAGAUUUAGACGAUGAAUAUAGAACGUUACGUUCCACUGUACUUGAUGGGAAAGUAACAUCAAACCACAUGCAAUGCUAAAAGCUUAUGAAGUCUUUUUGACUGAGCAAGUUAGAAGAAUGACAGCAAACAGCCUGUCUCUGUGGUUACAUCAUUUCUUCUUCGUCUGCACUGUUUACAUUAUCAGAAUAUAGAUGUUUUGGAAAUUACUUAACAAUAAAGCAAACAUUACAGAA